AUGCCAUCACGUGUUAAUCCUCCAUAUUCAUUAUCAACGAAUGAUCAUGAAAAAAAACCCUAUAGUAAUAUACAACAACAACAACCAACUUCCAAUUUUCAAUAUAAUCCAUGGGAUUUUGAAUAUCCUUGGUCACAUGGUUUGUGUAGUUGUACAAAACAAUGUGAUGAAACAUGUUAUGGUAUAUGGUGUUAUCCUUGUUUUAUUUGUCAUCUAACUUGGCGUAUGAAUGAAUCAUGCUGGAUAACUUGUUGUGUACCUGGUUCUUUAUCUAUUUUAAGAACCAAAAUUAGAACAGCAUUUCGUAUAGAAGGCUCGUAUUUCUGUGAUUUUUGUGUUGCUGAAUGUUGUCCAUUAUGUGCAGCAUUACAAAUGGCUAAUGAAUUACAUUUUCGAAAAGUGAUGCGUUAA